UCAUUAGCUAUGUUUACAUAAACACCUUUUGUUUCAGUUGGAAUGAAUUCUUUCCGUUUGAUGAAUCUGAACAAAGCAUUUACAUGAACACUAAAUAAAGUGAUCGGGUUGACUGAACGCUUUAGUAGCUGUGAAAUAAUUAGCUGUAUAUGAAUGAUAAAAGAUAAAGGAAUGCAUCUAAAUCAUAACCUUGUUAUGAGGGGUUAUUUUGAAGCAAGGUUAGGUUAUCUUACCGUCAAACAUAUCCUGUGGCCUGUUGCAUGAAGCUAGUUGAACAAACUCUGAGUUUCAGAGUAGGUUUGGAGUUCACAAAUCCAGAUAAAUCCAACCUGGUUUAGAUCAGGUUCAACUGUUGCACAACGCUCGGUAUAAACUUUCUCUGUCAACUCAGGUUUAAUCCGGAGUUUGCAAAGCGCGUGCACCUGAAAGUCUGACACGUGCGGCAAACAGCCAAUCACACGGAACAAGGAGAACGUCAGUUUGAUUCACUUCUCGCAAGAGAGCCGCGCAAUUCAUGUCGCUUCCGAAGAUUAAGAGAACGUUAUGAAAAAUAUGAAAUAAAACGCAUGUACAAAGCAGGAAUAAACACUGAUGCAGUGAAAGUUUGAGAAGGCAGCUGAAAGAAAAUAUCAACGCAUGUGAAUCAAACAAAUAGACCAAAUAAUUAAUAUAGUUUCACAAAGAGCUCAAAAGAAUACAUGUAAGCUUAAUCUGUUUAAAAGCUUUAUAUAUUAUGCAUGUAUUAUAUUUAUUUAUAAUAUAAUCGGCCUAAUUAUAUAUGUCAUGAAUUAUUCAUAAUUUUAAUUUAUUUAAUAUAAAUAUAAAGAAUAAUUAACAGCAAAUGUUGAGAAAUUUUGUCUCUAAAAUGUUUUCACUAUAAACUGAUUUAAUUUGGAGCGAGAGAUACAGGAGGAGUGGCUUUAUUGCAUCAGAUACAUGUCACUUUACUCACAGCUGAUUGGUCGAGUUUGGGUUUGUGAUCUCUAACUCAGAAUAAAACCUGCUCCGGAGCAGGUUAGCCGUGUAGCGUCAGUUACCAUAGCAACAAACCCCGCUAAAAACCAAUCCAGCUUCAUAAACCCGAAAAACCAGAGUUUGCUCAAACUAAUCUUGAACUUACCUGGGUAGAAACUGAAACCGGCUUUGUGCAACAGGCCACUGAACUCUCAGUUGAUUAACCCAAACCUUGCUUACUCGAGGAAUGCUGGUUCGUCCAGGAGUAAGUUCAGGGUUAACAUACAAGACAUUUUCAACAGAGCGAUGAAUCGACGAGUCACUAUUGAAACUGACGCUAAGAAAAAGCGUGCCAUACUACUUCUUUUGUUAAAUGGCUGUUUACAUACUUAGUGCAUAUCACCACCUAUUAAUCACGGUGAAUAAGAACUAUGUUGUUUGUUUGAUGCUAAUUAUAUAAUAAAAAAAGGCUGGUUAAACUAAAUAACAGUCAGUGCUUGCGAAGAUAACAUGGCUGUAAAAGUUGUCAUUUUGCUUCCACAUUGCUUAAAAGGUACGAUAUAUCAAAUAUUUUUAUUAUAGAAAUACAUUGUAGCAUAGAAAACGUCCUGUUGAAAAAAAAUGUGGCUAUUUCUGCCACAAAACCAUGGUUACAGUUAGUGUUACUACAUUAAAUCCAUGGUGAAUGUUGGUGAUUUGUGGACUGAAACACCUUAUAUAACUUCGUUCAUCAUGGCACAGUUUCCCCUGGUUUCCCACGACAGUGCUGUUAGAUCUGUGGUUCAUGCGGCGCAGCUCAAACGAGUACUGCAGUUUCGUUUCACUUUCGUUUCGUUUGCCGUUUGAUGUUUCUCAUAUGCAACAGAAAUGGCAGCUCUUUUCAGUUGGGCAACGUGGUGGUCGCAGUCUGGAGCCCUGCUCACUGAGCCUCAUCAAUAGGUAACGCAUGCGCUGAACACCUCUGAAGUAACUAACCCUGGAACGAAUCCUGCUCUGGAGCAGGUUAUGUUCAGAGAACCAGAUGGAAGUGAUGGAGCAAAAACACAAACUGAAUGAAGAGGAGGAGAAACAUGACUUCAAAACUCAAGGAACAAAAGCCAAAAAGCUGCACACCUGCUCACAGUGUGGAAAUAGUUUCCAAGAUAAAAGAAACUUUAACAGACACAUGAGAGUUCACACUGGAGAAAAACCGUAUACGUGCACUCAGUGUGGAAAGAGUUUUUCGCAAUCAUCAAGUCUCUGUAAUCAUCUGCUCCUUCACUCUGGACAAAAACCAUUUAACUGUGAUCAGUGUGGUAAAGAUUUUAUUUCGUCAUCAAAUCUAAAAAAACACCUGAAAAUUCAUUCAAAUGAGAGGCCUUAUGUGUGUUCUCUCUGUGGGAAGAGUUUUUCACGACUGAACAGUUUUAAACUGCACCAGAAAACACAUAAUGAAGUGAGAGAUCAUGUGUGUUGUGACUGUGGGAAGAGCUUUACUACAUCUAGUCAUCUGAAACAGCACCAAAUAAUUCAUACUGGAGAAAAACCUUACAAGUGCUCAUAUUGUGACAAGAGUUUCACACGGUCUGGACAACUGAAAAUACAUGAGCGAGUUCAUACUGGAGAGAAGCCGUACCACUGUACUCAGUGUGGAAAGCGUUUAAAAGAUGCAACAGGUUUAAAAAUUCAUCUGCGCAUUCACUCUGGAGAAAAACCAUUUAACUGUGAUCAGUGUGAUAGAAAGUUCAUUUCGUCAUCACAUUUAAAAAAACACCAGAAAGGUCAUUCAGAUGAGAGGCCCCACUUAUGUUCUUUGUGUGGAAAGAGUUAUUCAAGACUGGAUCAUUUCAAACUGCACCAGAAAUCACAUAAUGAAGUGAAAGAUCAUUUAUGUUGUGAAUGUGGGAAGAGCUUUACUACAGCUGACAAUCUGAAACAGCACCAAAGAAUUCACACUGGAGAAAAACCUUACAAGUGCUCAUAUUGUGACAAGAGUUUCGCUCUGUCUGGAAACAUGAAAUCACAUGAGCGACUUCAUACUGGAGAGAAGCCAUAUCAGUGUACUCAGUGUGAGAAGAGUUUUAGACAUUUAUCAAGUCUUCACGCUCAUAUUAAUAAAUGUUGCAAGUGAUCAACAUUUGUUUUCAUGUCAAAUACAUUAAAUUCUGUGAGAUAAAAUAUGGAGUUUGUCUUAAAAGCACAAUAUCAUCUAGAUUAAAGCUGUCCACUGGCCUUCCUGUGAGUUUUUUGUAAGGGUGUUUACAAGACCACGAUGUACUAAAAACAGACCUUUGCCAGAUUGUUCUUUGUGGUGCUGGUUUGUUACAGCUCUCUGUCAGUUUAAUGUUCUUACAACAAGUUUUUUCUACUUUUGUUUCUCUGGCACCUUCCUACAGAUUCAUUCUCCAGCCCAGGUCAUUUCCAACUCUUGCUUUUCUUCAGCUGCAAAUCAGCUGAACUUGAUCUUUUCUGUUGAACAUUUUUUUUCCUCUGUGAACAUUUAAUAAACUGUUAAUUAAAUUCCCUCUGCAUUUAAUGAACACAGAGAAUGAGUUAUGUAGUUUCAAUCACAUUAAUGUGUUUAAUCAUUCUAUCUUAAUACUGUGAUAAAUAUGUUUGGGAUGUACAGCAUUAUUGUAAACCCAAAUUACCAGGUAUGUAAAUAUACAAAGAGGUUGGAGUUCAUUUUAUCCUUUAUUGUUGACUGCUUAAGAACAAUAAAGUACCAAAGCUUCAGUUCAGCAGAAAAAAAUAGAAGCUAAUAUUAAACAAUAAACAAACUGUUGAUCAUUUGCAUUAUUUACUAUGGUUUUAAAGCUCCUGUUGCACUAAGUUGUAAGCUUGGAAAAAAGAGGAUUUACAGGACAGCAGGAUUUCAAAACUGGAAACAUAAUUAUAAUAGUGUUUUAUUAAAAAUCCCUUGUAUGUUAUUACUGAAAGAACAGAUCAGCUGAAAUUAAAUGUUAUCUAUACACUCUGUAUGAUUAAAAAAAAAUUAAACGAG